AAGAAGUUUCUAGUCUAAAUUUGAAGAUAUAUAUAAACCCUAUCACAAUCAAUCACACAAGAUUUUUGCCGGAAAGAGAGUAUAAAAGCUGCAGCUGCUGCAGCAGACAAUCAUUUUGGAUUUCCUGAAACCCUUGUCUUGUCUGCUGCUGAGUGUUGGUGAUCAUGGAGGCAGUAGAACAGGAACCUGAGCAGCUUCAACAACCUCAACCCCCCCAUGAGAAUGAGAAAGACACUCGCAUCACGGAACUGGUUAUGGACUCUAUGCUUUCUCGACUCACCCAAACCGAUCCCCCUGUUUCGCCGUCGUUGAUCAACAGCGCCGACGUGGGGCGCCAAAUUCAGGAGGUUGUCAGUUCGUUCCACACUCCGGCUCAUCCUCCUUAUGCCUUGAUGAUUCGCAGGGCGAUCACGGAUUUGAACGAGCGUGAUGGGUCAACAGAGGAGGCGAUAUCAGAGUUUGUUCGAAAGAAGUAUGAGGAUUUGCCGUGGGCCCAUGCUAGGCUACUGGGUAAUCAUCUGAGGAAGCUUUGCGAGGUCAGGGAGAUUGCGUCGACCAAGGGUGGGAGGUACGUGGUUCUGGUUGAUGGUGGUGGCGGCGGCGACAGUGGUAGAGAAGAGGCAGAGGGAUGUAAUGGUGAGAAGAAGAAGGAAAGGGGUAAAAGGAGGAGUAUUAGUGAAGGUGUUGAGAUUGAGAGAGGUGCUAGGGUUGAAGAUGCUGGGACUGAGCAACCAAGUGAGGUGAUGGAAGUGGAGGGAUGUAAUGGUGAGAAGAAGAGGGGAAGGGGUAGAAGGAGGAGGAGUAGUAAAGGUGUUGAGAUUGAGAGAGGUGCUAGGGUUGAAGAUGCUGGGACUGAGCAACCAAGUGAGGUGAUGGAAGUGGAGGGAUGUAAUGGUGAGAAGAAGAGGGGAAGGGGUAGAAGGAGGAGGAGUAGUAAAGGUGUUGAGAUUGAGAGAGGUGCUAGGGUUGAAGAUGUUGGGACUGAGCAACCAAGUGAGGUGAUGGAAUUGGAGGGAUGUAAUGGUGAGAAGAAGAGGGGAAGGGGUAGAAGGAGGAGGAGUAGUGAAGGUGUUGAGAUUGAGAGAGGUGCUAGGGUUGAAGAUGCUGGGACUGAGCAACCCAGUGAGGUGAUGGAAUUGGAGGGAUGUAAUGGUGAGAAGAAGAGGGAAAGGGGUAAAAGGAGGGGGAAUGGUGAAGGUGUUGAGAUUGAGAGAGGUGCUUGGGUUGAAGAUGCUGUGACUGAGAAACCAAGUGAGGUGAUGGAAUUGGCACAAGAAAAGGGGGAGCAAGCGCAAAACCAUUCAAUUGUAAGGGUGGAAGAAGGGACAGAAUCUGAAGAUGGACAGCUUAAAGUGGUUGGGGAGAAGAAUCAGCUCCCGGAAGUAGACGUUCCAGCACCAAAUGGAUUAGAGGAGUCCAAAAUUCAGGAUUCCACGCCGCACAUUUCAUGCCAUGGAACUUCGCAAGAUAGUUUGAAUUCAGAAGUCAACAUGUCGGCUCCAUUAUAUUUUUUGAUUAAUCAAGAGUCCAAGCAAGACCUUCUGGUGAAUUCAGAUGAUCAAUGCACACAAGGUCCAGCCAAAGAACAGCAGGAACAAGCUGUGAAUGAUCCUGAUCCGAACCCACCAAAGCGUCGCAGAGGAAGGCCUCGUAAGUCAGAGACUGUUGCAAACUGCCCUAGGGGGUUGUCGUUGCCCUCAGAUGAUGAUAUUCAGAUAGAGCAGAAGUCAAAUAUAAGGAAAUCUGGUAGAGGUCGGGGAAGGCCUCGGAAAGAAAACCAAUGCAAGGAGCCGUCGCCACUUGAAGAUCAAGUUCAGCUACAUGGUCAGGAUAGAGGUCGAGGGAGGCCGCCACUUGAAGAUCGAGUUCAGCUACAUGGUCAGGGUAGAGGUCGAGGGAGGCCUCCUGGUAGUGGUAGAGGUAGAGGUAGAGGUCGAGGUCGAGGUCGAGGUAGAGGUAGAGGUCGGGGGAGGACUCCUAAUCUUGAUCGAAAUACAAACGAAUCUGAGGAACAGGAUCUCCUGAAUUCUCCAAAUUUGGACAUGAUGCCAGAGCCACCAGCUUCUACCGCCACAAGCAUGUAAAGUUCAUGGCAGAGGUGGAUGUAGGCGUCUUAAAAAAUUUCAGAAAUAGAAUCAAGUUGGGACAGGGCCUCCUAGUCAAAAGUAGACUGAAUUUGCUAUUUAACAUAGAAGCAAUUCUGACAACUGUAUGUAGCUGUUCCUUAUUCAUGAGUACAUACAUUUGUUAGAUGUAAGUUUUCAUUACAUUCUCAUACCUGACUGCUUGUUUUCUCGUGGUGUUGAUAUUGGAUCGGAUAUGUAUGGUGUUCUCAAUUUUUAUGACAAUUAAUUUAUAUUGUUAGUAACGAA